AUGACAAGUAGUGAGGAAGAUUCAAAUCAUUCAGAGGAAGAACAAGAGCAAGAAGAUGAUGAACGUCUGGCUAUAAAAAAGGAGAUAUCUUCAUUGUCUUUUGAAGCCCUUCAAAAACUCAAAGAGAGGAUAGGUGCAAAAGUUUACAAGGAAGUAAUAUUUGGCGAAAAUAAAAAUGCAAAAAAAGAACCUAAAAUAUUCAAACGUGAAAAUAAAAAUAGACCAAGAGAGAUGAGCUCAAAGAAACCUGUUUCAAUGUUACAAAAUGUUGUUCCCGUAAAGAAAAAGGAGGUUCGAGAUCCAAGGUUUGAUCCAUUAUGUGGUAAUUUUGAUAAAAACGAGUUUUCUACUAAUUAUGGAUUUCUUUCUGAUAUCCGAGUAAAUGACAUAAAAGCUAUAAGGGCCGAAUUAAAACAGACAACAGAUCCUGAUAAAGAAAAAGAAUUGCGACGGCUACUACAAAGACUGAAUGACCAAGAGAAGGCUAAAAAGAGAAAUAAGAUACAAAUGAACAACUUGGAAAUUGAAAAACAACAAGUAGAAAACAAGUUCAAACAGGGAAUUCAGCCGCACUUCAAAAAUAAAUCUGAAUUACGAGUUGAGUCACUAGUCAAACAAUAUGAAGAAUUGAAAAAGGAAGGGACAGGUCGGAUCCAGAGACAUUUAAAGAGGCGACAACAGAAAGUCAAGAAGAAAUCAUUCAAAACACCUAUUAUAGGCAGUUAA